UCAACGUAUCGCUUAUAACCUCUUUGUUAUUUUUGUGUUUAUCCUAAAUUUUAAUAUAGUUUCUCAUAAAAAAAUUACAUUUCUAAUGCUCUAAAGUUUCCUAGUGCUAUAUAAUUGUAUUUGAAAACAAUGAGUUCUCCAACCCCAGAUACCCCAUCUGACAGAGAUGGUGCCCGGUCCAGAAUGACUUCACCUGCCAGAGAUUAUGAAAUGUUUGAAGAUGAAGGUGCUAUACUUGGCGAUAAUGUUAAUGAAGAAGAAGAGGAUGAUGGAGAGGAGUUGUUUAAUGAUAAUAUGGAAGCUGAUUAUCGCCCAAUGCCGGCAUUGGAUCGUUACGACAACGAAGAUUUAGAUGAUGAAGACUAUGACGCGAUUGCUAUUGAAGAUCGCGUAGCAGCCGAGCAGGAACUCAGGCGACGUGACCGAGAAGAGGGGAGAAGGAGAGAUGAUCGUGGUUUAAUUUAUGAUGACUCAGAUGAAGAGAGCACAGAUGCACCACGCGCAAAGCGACGCAGGGCAGCUGAGAAGGCUGCCAUGGGCACUGAUGAGCAGGUGGAAGAAGGCAUUGAGAGUAUUGAGAACCUUGAGGAUACCAAGGGUUAUACAACAAAAGAAUGGGUCUCUAUGUUAGGACCGAGAACUGAGAUUGCUAACAGAUUCAAAAAUUUCCUGCGUACAUUCACCAACAGUAAAGGUCAAUAUGUAUACAAAGAUCGUAUACGUCGUAUGUGCGAGCACAAUCAAGCAUCGUUUCACGUCGAAUUCGACGUACUCGCUCGUCGGGAACAAGUCCUUGCCUAUUUUUUACCUGAAGCACCCUUCCAAAUGCUGCAAAUAUUUGACGAAGUUGCUAAAGAGAUUGUACUGCAAAUAUUCCCUAGCUACGAACGGGUGACGUCAGAGAUUCAUGUAAGGAUAUCUGACUUACCUCUCAUUGAAGAGUUGAGAACGUUCAGGAAAUUGCAUUUAAAUCAGCUGGUUAGGACCGUGGGUGUUAUCACAGCAACCACUGGUGUGUUGCCGCAGUUGUCUGUUGUAAAAUAUGACUGUAACAGAUGUGGUUAUAUAUUGGGGCCGUUUGUGCAGUCACAGAACUCAGAAGUGAAGCCUGGGUCUUGUCCAGAGUGUCAAAGUGCUGGACCGUUUAUGGUGAACAUGGAACAAACAGUGUACCGCAACUACCAGAAGGUGACCAUCCAAGAAUCCCCGGGCCGUAUUCCUGCCGGUCGUAUACCACGUAGCAAGGACUGUAUUUUGCUAGCUGAUCUCUGUGACCGUUGCAAACCGGGAGAUGAGGUUGAUUUGACCGGAAUUUACACAAAUAAUUAUGACGGCUCCCUUAAUACUGAACAGGGCUUUCCAGUCUUCGCAACUGUGAUAAUCGCAAACUACAUCGUAGUGAAGGACUGCAAACACAUUGUUGAAUCUCUGACUGAUGAGGAUGUGGCUAAUAUAGUGAAGUUGUCCAAGGACCCACAGAUUGGAGAAAGGAUUGUGCAGAGUAUAGCGCCAUCUAUUUUUGGUCAUGAUUAUAUCAAGAGAGGGCUGGCUCUGUCUUUGUUCGGCGGAGAACCCAAAAAUCCAGGUGAAAAGCACAAAAUCAGAGGUGACAUCAAUGUUCUUAUAUGUGGUGAUCCUGGUACAGCCAAAUCUCAAUUCUUAAAGUAUACUGAAAAGAUCGCUCCAAGAGCCAUAUUCACUACAGGACAGGGAGCCAGUGCUGUUGGUCUUACUGCUUAUGUGAGGAAAAAUCCUACUACCAGAGAUUGGACAUUAGAAGCUGGUGCACUAGUCUUAGCUGAUCGUGGAGUUUGCUUGAUUGAUGAGUUCGAUAAGAUGAACGACCAAGACCGCACCUCCAUACACGAAGCUAUGGAGCAGCAAUCCAUUUCUAUAUCCAAAGCGGGUAUUGUCACCUCCCUUCAUGCUAGAUGUUCCAUAAUAGCUGCCGCCAAUCCAAUCGGCGGUCGAUACGACGCGUCAUUGACGUUCAGUGAAAAUGUGAAUCUCUCCGAGCCCAUCUUGUCUCGUUUCGACGUACUCUGCGUCGUGAGAGACGAAGCGGAUCCAAUGCAGGACGCACACUUGGCCAAGUUUGUAGUAAGCUCACAUAUCAAGCAUCACCCGACACAGCGCGGCACCGCCCUCGAAGACACGACUGGGCCAGACCCAGAUUUCUUACUGCCGCAAGAUUUACUCAAGAAAUAUAUUGUUUAUGCGAGAGAGAACAUUCAUCCAAAACUACAGAAUAUGGAUCAAGAUAAAGUGGCGAAAAUGUACAGCCAGCUGAGACAAGAGUCACUCGCCACUGGCAGCUUACCAAUUACCGUCAGGCAUAUCGAGUCUGUCAUCCGUAUGAGUGAAGCCCACGCGCGGAUGCAUCUCCGCGCGGCGGUGUCGGAAGCUGACGUCAAUAUGGCAAUCCGGACUAUGCUUGAGAGCUUCGUUGAAACGCAGAAGUACAGCGUCAUGCGCGCUAUGCGACAGACAUUCCAGAAAUAUCUAUCAUAUAAAAAGGACCACAGCGAACUCCUGUAUUACAUCUUAAGGCAGCUGACUAUGGACCAAUUGGCUUACAUGCGCGGACUUCACAACCAUUCACAAUCGACAAUCGAAAUCUCAGAGCGAGAUCUGACGGAACGAGCCAGGCAAAUAAAUAUAACAGAUCUCAAACCGUUCUACGAUAGUAGAAUAUUUAAAAUUAACAGUUUCUCCUAUGAUCAGAAAAGGAAGAUGAUAAUUCAUACGCUGCCGGACACUCCAACUGCAUCUUAAUUAGGUUUAGUAUGCACCGUUAAUGAACUGCAUUAACAUAAAAAACAUUUUUUUUUUAUCUAAUUGCAAUGGUCAAGAUAUCUGGUGGUAAGUGGUAGUCAUCCCCUAUAUACAUGACUAAUACUAUGGACAUCACGUUAUCAUAUGACGCCCGCUAUACUACUCAUGCGUUGCCAUUCCGUAGUAAUCAUAUUUGGGGCUGUUCAAGUAUUACGUAAGCAGAUUUAUCACAAUUAUUUACCCCUCAUCCCCCGUUGUCAGCAAAAGUAAGCAAAGCUCUUACCCCUCCCCCCAUGCUUACGUAAACAUUUCUCAAUUAAUGUAUUGUUUUUUUAACAAAAACAAUGUGAGGGUUGCCAUUCGUGUAAAAAAGUAAAUUACGACCGAUGACGUAAUCAUCAUACAGACUCCCCCACCCCCAUGUCAUCCAAAAUAAGCAAAGAAAAGACGCCCCGCCCCCCUAUAGUGCUUACGUAAUACUUGAACGGCCCCUUUCCAGUAAUGUAACUUUUUUAUAACUAGUAAGGGAAGUGUUUACGAUCGAACAUGAUGUAUCUCCUGUUUAUUUCGGACGUUUAUUUUAAUAUAGAACGAACACUAAUAAUAUAUCAAUUCUCAUCAUAUAAAAUUAUCGAACAUUAAUUAAUUAUUUAACAGGAAUAAAGACCACCGUAAAUAAUAAAACUGAUAAUCUUUAUAUUAAUAAAA